AUGUCGAUAGAUGCUGUGGUGGUGAACACAUCCAUGUCGAUAGAUGCUGUGGUGGUGAACACAUCCACGACGAGAGAUGCUGUGGUGGUGAACACAUCCACGACGAGAGAUGCUGUGGUGGUGAACACACCCACGACGAGAGAUGCUGUGGUGGUGAACACACCCACGACAAGAGAUGCUGUGGUGGUGAACACAUCCACGACGAGAGAUGCUGUGGUGGUGAGCACACCCACGACGAGAGAUGCUGUGGUGGUGAACACACCCACGACAAGAGAUGCUGUGGUGGUGAACACAUCCACGACGAGAGAUGCUGUGGUGGAGAACACAUCCACGACGAGAGAUGCAGUGGUGGAGAACACACCCACGACGAGAGAUGCUGUGGUGGAGAACACACCCACGACAAGAGAUGCUGUGGUGGUGAACACACCCACGACAAGAGAUGCUGUGGUGGUGAACACAUCCACGACGAGAGAUGCUGUGGUGGAGAACACACCCACAACGAGAGAUGCUGUGGUGGAGAACACAUCCACGACGAGAGAUGCUGUGGUGGAGAACACAUCCACGACAAGAGAUGCUGUGGUGGAGAACACGUGCCAUGGAACACGUGCCAUGGAACACGUGCCAUGGAACACGUGCCAUGCAGUGUUCGGCAGAUAA